AUGCUGACUGUUAUCCAGCUGAUGCUUUUAGUUUUUCUGACAAACCCAAAUCAUGCUGAGAAACUUUUCCACAACCGGGAUCAUUCCGACAUGCAGAUUCCUAAAUCUCACCGAGCUCCUGUCAUAACAGACGAAUAUGAAGCGGAGUUAUUUCUUUCUAGGUAUGGAUUUAUCAAACCACCCCAGCGGGAGGAGAUCCAGAUGAAACAAACUGACAUUUCCUUCAGUGACGACUUCUUGGAUGACUUUCACACUGCAAUCCAAGAGGGAACCUCAGUGCCUCUUUCAAGGGACAUACCUGAAACGAGUCAUGGCGAGGUCCACAAAAGUGAAUCUGAGAGUCAAGCAUUUGCUUCAGCCCUUAAGGAGUUUCAAAUGGUAUCUGGACUGCCUGUUACAGGAGUGUUUGAUGAUGCCACCAAGGAUGCAAUGAACAAACCAAGGUGUGGGGUUCCUGACAAGGAGAUAGACCCAAAUCCCCACAUUGUAAGCAAGAGCAUCGGUGGCUGGGAGUUAGAAAGCAGUUGGAAUGAAACUUUCAAUGAGAUUGACGGUAACAACACAGAAAACAGCAUAAUUGGCAGCUCGUCAAACUCCUCUGAAGAUGACAUAUUCAAUUUUAACGACACAGAAAGCCUCCUGACUAUUUCAAAUGAUACACACAAAAACAGUAGUUUGGCUAAUCCAACCGGAAACAGCAGCUGGACCUCAAGCCAGAGUCAACCUCUGCAGAACGGAACGCGUCACCUUGCUGAUCUCAUCUCAAAAAAAAGGCAAAAACGGGAUUUGACAGAAUCAGGGUACAUGGCGUUUUCUAAGGACAUUCUGAGGUGGCGGUUAAUUGGAGAAGGUUACAGCAGCCAGCUGACUGUUGAUGAGCAGAGAUACAUCUUCAGGUUGGCCUUCAGAAUGUGGAGUGAGGUGUCUCCACUGGAAUUUGUUGAAGAUACCUGGUCACCAUUGGAGGAUGUUGAUAUCAAGCUGGGCUUUGGCACAGGAAGACAUCUGGGAUGCAAUCAAAAGUUUGAUGGCACUGGUCAGGAAUUUGCCCACGCGUGGUUCCUGGGAGAUAUUCAUUUUGAUGAUGAUGAGCAUUUCACUGGUCCCAGUUCUCACACUGGUAUAAGCCUCCUUAAAGUAGCAGUCCAUGAGAUCGGCCACGUUUUGGGGCUGCCUCAUAUCUACAGGCCUGGAUCCAUAAUGCAGCCCAGCUAUCUGCCCUAUGAAUCCAGCUUUGAGAUGGACUGGAUGGACAGGAAAGCUAUUCAGCAUCUAUAUGGUGGUUGUAAAGGCAGGUUCAGCACUGUGUUUGACUGGAUCAGGAAAGAGAAGACGCCCUACGGGGACAUGAGGAUCCGCUUCAACACGUACUUCAUGAGAGAUGGCUGGUACUGGCUGUACGAGAACAGAAACAACAGGACACGAUACGGGGACCCAGUCGCGCUGCAAAUCGGCUGGCAUGGGAUCCCCAGUGACGGAGUAGAUGCUUACGUACACGUGUGGUCCAGAAAAAGAGAGGCUGUUUAUUUCUUUAGAGGUCUGCAGUUCUGGAGAUACGAUAAUGAGAACGACCGGGUGUUUAGUUACAACUCUGAAGGUCGCCCAUAUCCGAGGCUAAUUUCUGAGGGCUUCCCAGGGAUUCCAAGUCCUAUUGACUCAGCCUUUUAUGACAGGAGAGACUCCCACAUCUACUUCUUCAGAAGAACUCAAGUGUAUGCAUUCAGCGUGGAAACAAACAGCCUGGCAAGUGGCUUCCCCAAACACAUCCGAGAUGUUUUCCCUCCAGUGGAGAGCGGAGACCAUCCAGAUGGCAGCAUCGACGCUGCCUACUUCUCCUACUCCCACAAUGCCCUCUUUCUGCUCAAGGGCACGCGCUUCUGGCGAGUGGUGGGCAGCCGCGAACGCUGGCGCCGGCCCUUUCUGCCGCGAAAUGGCUUGAUGCCACACAAGGAGGUGGAUCAGCAGUGGUUCGACAUCUGCGACGUUCAUCCCACCUCGCUCAAACUAAGCCGCUGA